AUGGUGAAAAGACGUCUUAUAUUAACAUUUUGGAGUUAUUUCCUUUUUCAUUUGGAAUGCGUGGAGUGUUUCCGGUACAUUCAUCUCAACUCACGAAUAGAAGGAGAAGCUAUCACAAAUCAUGAAAUCGGAAGUGUCACCACAUAUUCUGGGAUUGGAUGCGCACGCAUAUGUUUGAACACUGGAGGUUGCUUUGCGGUAUCUUACGAAUGCAAAAACAUGGAGACCACUCAGCAAGGACUUUGUAAACUGGUAUCCGAGGAAGGAUCGGUUCCUUACGUAAUGGUUAGCGAUUCUUCGAUGUGUUAUAUGAAGGUGGCAGACAGGUAUCCUUUGACGUCAACAACCGCUCUAGUAGUCACGCCAUCAGUAACUUUACCGGGAACAGCAAUGAACCUACAAUCAAGUACUGGCACUGUGACUUCAACUCCCUAUAUACCGACCCCUUCACUGACUCCACAAGUAACAACUUCUACAUUUCCAGUAAUCAUUGACAUGGUAGAUAAUGUACAAAAUAUGUGCACAACGACGUCUCAGCGCGACUUAGCUGUGAUUACAACAGAGGCUGUGUAUAUUUACGACAAUAAGGAUUUCCUGAAAAUUGGUUCCUGCAAGUCUGUGUCAAUCGCAUCAAUGUUUAAGGGAUUUGGAGACCUCCCAGAUGUUAGCCAAUGGAGCGCAGUGCUUACCGUGCAGAAGAGUUACAUAGAUGUAUAUGCAGAUCCAAACUUCUUUCGAUGGACAAUAUCGUCCGCUGAUUUGGUCCCAGCGGUCGGAUAUCCCAAAAACAAGAGACAAUACUUCGAGGACAUCAAAGGAUCUAUGGCUAUCUUUGUCCCAUCAGAUCUAACAUGGGCUGUUGUUCGAGAAACACUAGGAAGCCAUGACUUCUUUGGUUACCAAAAUAUGGGGAGUGGCUUAUGGUUCUACAGCAACCAUUCACCGCACGAAUGGCUUAUGCAAAUAAAUGACACAUCAGAAACAAAUCAAAACGGGAAUCCUAUCAACCCAUGGAUAGCACUACCUACUAGCACAGUGGCUCUAACGGCGGCAGAAAACGACGGAAUCGAUUUCGUUGGAAUAACAGACGCUUAUAAUGUUGUUUACUAUAAUAUAGACCAUCCUUAUGAUCUCAGUGUUGUUCCUACUUCAGAACAAUACCCACUUGUCUUUUAAAUAUUUUUUUUUAUAUUUCUGUAAAUUCCAUAAA